AUGAAAAGUAGAAAAACAGGUGGAAGUGAUUCACCUCAAUCAAACAACAACAAUAAUAAUGAUGAAGAUGACAAUGACAACAACAAUAAUAAUAAUAAUAAUAUUGAUCAUAGUAAGAAAAGAAAAUCAUCAGAAUCUAUUAAUCAUAAGAAAACAAUAAAUCAAUUUGAUGAUGACGACGACGAUAUUUUUAAGGAUGGAUUCGGUCAUGUUGCCAUGAAGAAUUUGAAAAGUGGAAGUGGUAAUAGCAUGAGUGGAUUCGGUGGAUUUGGUCGUCCUACAGGCGGCGCUACUACUGGUGAUGAUGAUGGUGUAUUCAAAGGAUUUGGUCGCGCUAAAGCUGAUGGUAAUGGUAAAUUAAUAUUUAAAACUGUAGAGAUCGAUGAAGAGAAACUAUUGGAAGCAGAACGUAAAAUUGCUGAUGUUCCACACAACAGUAACCUAAAGUUGGAUGAUGAAGAUGAUUUCCUACAGAAUGCUGCUACCUCCACUUCCACUUCAUCUUCAGCUUCAUCCAAAAAAGUAAUGAAUAAAGGUGAUCCUCAUGAUCAUUACGAUGAAGAUAAAGAUGAUAAUAAUAACAAUAAGAAGUCUUCUAAUUUUAAUACACCAAAAGAUAAAGAUAAUAAUAGUUCACCAACAAAUUCAUUUAAAAAACAGACAUCAACUCCAUCUCCUCCACAACAACAACAACCAACGAUAUCCAAAGCUAAUAAGCCUAUUUCAUCAGCGACAUCAUCAUCGCUAUUCUCAUAUGCCACGACUACAACACCAAAGAAACCAGCACAGAAUCAAUCACCGAAUGGACUGACACCAAUGAAAUCUUUUAAUUCCAAACCCAAACCGAUCACACCUGUUUCAAAGUCACCACCUCCACACAUCACUUUAGCAAACACAAAUAUAGAUACACCAACAACACCGAUAACAACAACAACUAGUACAACAACUUCAGCCACAUCACCGACAGCUCUUACACCACUUAAACCAAGUUUAUCUAAAAUCAAGCCAAUGACACCAAAGAAAACUGGUUUUAUCUCACCAUACAAAGAUAAUACCAUUGCAAAUACAUCCGUAACAUCAUCAUCAUCAUCAUCGUCAACUCCAAUCAAGCCAGUCAUUGGAAGUGGUUUGAAACCACUUCCAAAACAACCAUUACACAAACAACAAUCACCACCAAUACCUACUUUACCUCCUCCUGUUUCAAAUGGAAUGAAAACAAUCAACAACACCAACAGCGCCAACAACAAUAAUAACAAUAACAAAUUUAACAGCCAUCAAGUGAAUAAUAAUAAUAAUAAUAAGUUAAAUGAUCAACCAAAACUAUUGCAAUUAACAGAUGGAAGAAAGAGAUUGAAAGACCUAGGUACACCGUUUAGUCAUAGUUGUGUUAAUUUGGUAUCGAGAGAAGUUCUUGAAGUGAACAGAAACAACGCUGCUGACUUUAGGUUUGAUAGUGUUCCAGAUUCAAAGACAAUGCGUCAGAAGAAAAUAGGUCUCAGUGAGAUAUCAACAAUGAUUCUACGUGAGAAUCUAAUUGAACCACGACUUAUUACAGAUGAAUGGAUGGAUAAUCACUAUGGAUGGAUCGUAUGGAAGUUGGCAUCGAUGGAAAAGGCAUUUCCCCAACACUUUGGUGGAAGACACCUCACUCUGCAACGCGUUUUAUCACAGCUGAAAGAUAGAAUCAAUCGUGAACUGAUUCAAGCGAAACCAUCGAUCUUAAAGAAACUGUAUGCACGUGAUCACGCACCUGAAUCUCAUAUGAUACUUUGUAUUUCGAAUAUUAUCUCAAAUGGCGAUGUUGAUCAACAAUCGGAUAGUGAUGAUUUAGGUGGUGCUGAUGUUGGUACUGAUGAUAAAAAACCACAAUUCCCACAGGCAACGAUUGAAUUGACAGAUGGAUGGUAUUCAAUGAAGGCGUUGCUCGAUCCUCACUUGACAUGGUGUUUGAAGCAAGGAAAGUUGUUUGUCGGUCAGAAACUUCGCAUUCAGAAUUCAAAGAUGAUUGGCAAUGAGAAUGGAUGUGAACCAUUCGACGCUGACGCUGCUCAUGUAUAUCUGCAGUUGUAUACCAACUCGACAAGACGAGCUGCCUGGCAUGAAACUCUUGGUCCUCAGAGAGCUGCCAACUUUCCAGUUACUUUGAAAUCGAUUAUUCCUGGUGGUGGUACCGUUGUUUGUAUACACACGAAAAUCGUUACUAUCACUGUUGGCGAUAACUCACAGACAAUCAUAAGAAGUAAGGAACAAGAAGAGAAAUAUCAAAGUGAAUUGGACUCAAAGAUGUCGACUCUGUUGGAACAAAAGACAUAUGAAAUCAAUGAGAAGUUGGAACGUGAAACAUCAUCAAAUUCAAACAAAAAGAAAUAUAAUUCUAAACUAAAUAUAUCAAAUGUUAAAGAUGCAACUAUGUUGUAUAAUAUGUAUGUUAGUAGUGAUUACUCGGAGGAGUAUGUCUCUAGGCUCAACGAAGAACAACAAAGCUUGCUAAUGAUGGAAACAGAGAGAAGAAAGAAUGAUUUAAAUGAGAGAGCUAAAGAUGAUUUAAAUGAAUGGAUCGGUUCCAAUCCAUUGUUUGCCAAGAGGAAUGUUGUUCCAGUCCUGAAAUUCCGUGUGAUGGAUUUACUGGAUUCUUCAUCUAAUAAUAAUAAUAAUAAUGGAAAUAAUAAUAAUAACAAUAAUAAUAAUAAUCAAACUAAAAGAUAUAAUAAUAAUAAUAGUAAUGGUUAUUUAACACCAAAAGAGACAUAUGAUAACGUUCAAGAGAUUCCAUUGUUUCUACCCAGUAAUAACAACAGUAAUGGUAAUGGCAACGGCAAUUGCAUGUCAGCAAAAGAGUAUAUAAAUGCCGGCAAACAUAUGCCUCUUCUUCCACUUCCACCAAUAAAAUUCUCUUUCGAACCACAGGAGUCGACCUCUUCUUUGGCAGCGCAACAUCAACAACAAGAUAAUCAACAUAGUAGUGGAGGUGUUGAAACAACAUUGUGUUUUGUCAAUCCACCUCCAGAUGCCGAUACUAUCAAGGUGAAUGAAUGCUACAAGUUCCUCUAUGUACAACCGCAACAGUUCUUCUACUCUCAAUAUCAACAGAAUCGUAAGUCGUCUGGCAAUAAUCCGGUUGCAGAGCUACAAACCUCCAAGAGGAUUAUGAUCAAACAAAUAGCAACUGCCAAUGGUCAGACUAAUGAAACAACUACUCCGAAUGGCAGUAAUAAUAGUAAUUACACUCCUAUAAAUCAAUUGAAUCACUACAUUGAAAUAUAUCAACAACAACAUCAACAACAAUCUUUUAAAAACAAACAAGAGUAUGAAUUGGUUGGUUUACUUCUUUAUGUUAGUGACAAUACUUGUCAAUUGGAAGGUAAUCGGUUGGAGAACAGUAGAGUUUUGUUUGUCUGUGAUGCCAGUGGUUACAUUGCCAAGAUCAAUCUGACGAAAGUGAAUUGGUUGAAAGAUCAAUCGUCGACACCAAUGGAGAAUCCAGUGAACGUUCCACUGACCGUUGGAUAUCAACAGGUAUCGAGUGCUUCAACAACAAACGCCACCAGAAACAAUGGCAAUGAGCCAAAGCUACAAUAUCCACUCGUACACAUUUCCAACUUGAAAUUCGAUUUCUAUGAUUCUACCAACCAGCUCCUACACUUCUCUUCGAAGGACCUCAUUGAGGUCACAAGAAACGCAAGAUCCAAAGCCGCCAAAGAUAGUUUUGAAACACUCUCUCAAUGGUUACAUAUGUCACCAGGUUUAUUUUCACUGUUUACAAAUAGAAUUAAAUCCGCUUUUGUCGUUGAACAACAAAAACAACAACAACCACAAAUACAAUUUCAACGACAACAAGAACAACAAGAACAACAAGAUGAUCCAAACAACAUGUCAAUUGAUGAGGAUGUUUUUGAUUUCGGGUCACUCUCUCAAGUUGAUUACAGUACAUCGUCAUCAUCGCUCACUUCAGAACCGAUAAAUAAUGCAAGUAAUAAUAAUACUAGCGAAAAUAGUAGUAAUUUAAACAAUAACAACAAUAACCAACAGUUUAAAGAUGAUAGUAUGAAUAUAACCGAUGACAACAGCAUAAACAACAACAAUAACACAAGCAAAACAGUAAAUAACAAUAAUGGGGAUGAACAAUCCGAUCCGUCAACUCAAGAACUGACCUCAACGCAAGCAAAUGUGACAAUGUCCGAUAUCGUUGCAAAGAUCAAAACAAAUCAAACAACAGAAGCAGAGGAAGAAGAAGUAGUAGCAGUGGUAGUAGUAGAAGUAAGUAGCAGUAAACCAUGGUUUGGACUGCCCGGUAAAAAAGAAAGAGACCUAUCACAUCAUAAAGAUCACUUUUGCACUUCUUUCGAUGUCAUAAAAUAUCACUUUGAAGCAGAGUCUGCCGAGCAAGCAAAACAAAUCGUCAACGAGUUUAAGAAACUGGGAGUCGGAUGCAAGGGUGACCAAGCAUCGACUGCCGCCACUGCACAACAACAACAACAAUCGCCAGUCAAACUAAACGUUAACAACAACAACAACAACAACAACAACUCUUCUUCGGAUUAUCAACAACCACAACAGCAUAUAUCACCAUCUUCAUCACCUCAUGUCUCACCAAAGAUAGUACCAUCUACACCAAGUAAACAACAACAACAACAACUAAAUAAUAUAGAUAUAAGUAAAUCGUUAAACAAUAGCAGCAAUAAUAAUGGUAGUUGGCAACCACCAAUAAACAUUGCAAAAUCCAAUAACCUGACGAUAGAUACAUCGAAAGCGAAUAGUUACAACAGUAACGGUGCUGAGCAAACCACUGGUUUGAGUCCGUUGACACCGACCAACAUCAAGAUGCAUCCGAUGAUACCGAAUACACCCAAUGUAAAUAGUAUUGAGGGUGCACGUGUCUGGAAGAUUCGUGCUGAAGAACUUAAGCGUCAACUCGUCAUGAAGAAAAACAACGAUCCACAACCAAUCGUCGAACUUUCAAAGCUCAGUAGCAGUGUACCAACUGUCUUGCCAACCAACAACAACAGCAAUAACAAUGGUAGUAGCAACAACAAUAGCACUACAACAUCAUCACCAUCGACAGGAAGUAAUCUAUCGAUCAGGACAAUCAAUAACCUACCGACAUCAUCGACAACAUCGAAACCUUUGAAUCCACUGGCAGCUGCAGUCUCCUCUGUCAUUCCAAUUGUACAACAACAAACCAUUAUUUUACACGAUGCCAACUCCACCAGCACCGCAAUCGGAAACGGUGGUAAUCUAAUAAGCAACAGUAGUAUAAGUAGUAGUAGCAGUAGUAAUAGCAGUAGCAAUGGAAAAGAAGGUGGCGGUGGUGGUUCAAAGUUGUUUGGAAAGAAUGGCGGUGCUGGCGGCCAACCUCCACCCUCGGACAACGUCCAGUUCUACCAUGCCGACGACAGUGAGAAGCGUCGAUCCGAGAACAUCAACCAGAAAAAGAAAAAGUUGGCGAUCGACGAUUUCGAGUUGCUCAAAGUGCUGGGUGUCGGUAGCUUCGGUCGGGUGUUCCUCGUGCGAAAGAAAGACAACCAGCGUCUCUACGCAAUGAAGGUACUCAACAAGAAGGAGAUGAUGAAAAAGAAACAGAUCGCUCACACCAACACCGAAAAGAUGGUACUCAGCACUAUGGAUCAUCCAUUCAUAGUCAGACUUCAUUUUGCAUUCCAAAACGACGAAUAUCUAUUUAUGUGUAUGGAUUAUAUUCCAGGUGGUGAGCUAUUCCAUCAUUUACAAAAGGCUGGUAGAUUCCCAGAGGAAUUGGCUAAAUUUUAUAUUGCAGAGGUUAUAACAUCGUUGGAUUACCUACAUUCAAAUAAUAUCAUUUAUAGAGACAUCAAACCAGAGAAUAUCUUGUUGGAUGCAGAUGGACACAUUAAAUUGACUGAUUUCGGUUUAUCAAAGAGUGGAAUCACCAGUGUUGUCGGUGGUAAAACAGGCGAUGGACAGUUUGCUACCACUUUUUGUGGCACACCUGAAUAUUUGGCACCGGAAAUCAUCACUGGCGCUGGACAUGGUAAAGCUGCUGAUUGGUGGUCAGUUGGUAUAUUGUUAUUUGAAAUGUUAACUGGAAGAUCACCGUUUUUGGCAUCGAAUAGAAACGAUAUGUACAAAGCAAUGAUUCAAGGAAAUCUGAGAUUACCAAUGUUUCUAUCGCCAGACUCACAGGAUCUGCUUGAAAAGUUGCUAGUGCCUGAUCCAAAGAAGCGGCUGGGUUCAGGCGGUGUCCAGGAGAUUCAAAACCAUCCGUUCUUCGAGCUGAUUCCCUGGCGUAUGUUGGAGUCAAAGAUGAUCACUCCGCCAUUCAAACCGACCAUCAAAGAGAUUACCUCCUCCAAGGACGAUCCCGACUUGAAUCCGGCAAUCACAUUCAAAUCGAAAAGAAAAUCAUCUGCCAAUCUCUUGGAUUCGCCAUUCAAGAACUUCUCAUGGACCAAAGAGGAGAACGUGUUCCUCGAGUCGGCAAUUGAGCGUGGAUCAAUUGCGUCGUCAUCGUCUCCAUCUUCACCUACCACCGGCAAUUCAUUCUUAAUGGCCGCUCGUAAAACCACAACAUCAUCAUCAACAUCAUCAUAUAUAUUGUUAAAAUUGACCGAUCAAUUUUUAAAACUUUGUAGAAUUAAUUAA